AUGGCCUCCAAGGCUGUAGCGAAAGUCGCCGCAGGCGGUGCCAUGAAGCUUUCGUCAAAACAAACCCUCCAAUCCGCCGGCAUCUGGGAGCGCAUCCGCCGCUCGCUUGCAAUCGAUCCCGAGCGCUCCAAUGGUGUGCCCCUCAACCCACACUUCCGCUGGCCCACACCUGGUGGCCAAGACCCUCUGACCUACGACGACCCGGUCACCCGGCCCGCCGGCGACAUCGCCGACAACCCGUACUGGAAGCGCGACGUCCGCCGCAACUACCCCCGCCUGUCCGUCGUCAACCAGGCCGACACCGUCGCCCUGCUGACGGUCGGCAACGCCGCGAACCCCAAGGUCGAGCUGAUCGGCGAGGAGGGCAGCAAGGCGAUCGUGGCGGCCGAGGCCGAGGGCCAGGAGAAGGGCCUCGCCAAGGUCUUUGAGGAGAAGGGCGCCGAGGCGGCAAAGGACCUGCUCGUGGACGGCAUGCCCCCGCUGCUCAGCGGGCAGAGCUUAAAGAAGGGCUCCUGGGAUGUGCACCCGUGGGAAGUCACAGAGGAUCAGGCCUACCCUGCGAAAUACCCUUGCCGGACCUUCCACUAG